UGCAUCGUUGGCUUUCCCAAACCUCUCCCGUCCCUGCGGAUUGCGGCCGCGCGACGAGGCGGAGGCUCGUUCGCCGGCCACCACCGCCAUGUCCUCCUCCCUCGCGCUCUCGCUCCCGCUCCCACCCCGGUGCGCGCUCCCCCUCCCGCCACCUCACCUCGCUCCCAAGCACCCAUCUCUCCGCGCCAACCAGUGCCACCUCCUCGUUCGCACGCUCCCCCCGCCUCGCCGCCUCCUCCUCGCCCCUAGGGCUUCGUCGUACGCCGCAUCCCCCGCCGAGCCGGCGCGUGAGGGUGGCGCGGGCGGGAAGAAGGCGCCCGGGUUCCGGAACAGGUUCCUGGACCUGGCGCGGCUCGGGGCCGUGGCGGAGGGCGCGGCGGAGGCCUUCUUCCGCAGCGAAAUCCGGCGGCGGCUUGCCGUCACGGCCGUGCUCAUCGUGCUCAGCCGCGUAGGCUACUUCGUCCCGCUUCCCGGGUUCGACCGCCGCCUCAUCCCCGACUCCUAUCUCAGCUUCGCCCCGCUCCCUGCAGAUGACCUCGUUGAUUUUGCUUCUGAACUGAAGCUGUCGUUUUUCCAGCUGGGAAUCAGUCAUCAGAUCUCAGCGUCGAUUGUAAUGCAGGUUCUUUGCCAUGUUCUUCCAUCACUUGAAAAGAUUCGCAAGGAAGGAUUAGACGGGCAUGAGAAGAUCAAAAGCUAUAUAUGGUGGCUAUCACUGGGUUUUGCAAUUGUGGCUGCUUGUACUGUGUCAUGCUAUUCGCUGCAGUACUCCAUAUAUGCAGCAAGUUACAGGGUUAAGCAUGUCAUAUUAACAAGCUUUCUGCUUGUCCUCGGUGCAAUGUCAACGACUUGGAUCUGUGACACCAUAACGGAAUCUGGCUUUGGGCAUGGCUCAUCUUUGAUUAUCUGUGUUGGAAUAUUGACUGGUUACACAAAUACACUACACAAGAUGCUAACUCAAUUUUCAGGAAAUGUGUGCACAUCUUGGCCCUACAUCUUGGGAGUAGCUGGGAUCUUUAUGAUGGUUACCAUGGGGGCAGUGUUGGUGACUGAAGGAUGUAGGAAGAUAAAGCUUCAGUACUAUGGAUUCAAGUUGGCUUCUAUUGCAGGGAAUGAAAACUCCCCAGUUACAGAGGUUGAGCCAUAUAUCCCCUUCAAUAUAAACCCAACAGGGAUGCAGCCUUUGCUUACAACCUCAUACUUACUUGCUUUUCCAAGCAUUAUGGCCAGCAUUUUUCGUUCGCCAUUUUGGGAAAAUUUGAAGGAAAUUUUGAAUCCAAUGACUUCAGUUGGUGGUAGUCCUUGGAUUUAUUAUUUGACCUAUGCAUUUUUCGUCUUCGUCUUCAACAUUUUUGACAUUGCCAACUUGCCAAAAGAGAUAUCUGACUACCUGAAUAAGAUGAGUGCCAGAGUGCCAAAGAUAAAACCUGGAAGAGCAACAGUGGAUUAUCUUACAAAGAUACAAACAUCGACACGUUUCUGGGGAGGUCUACUACUGAGCUUGCUGGCAACUUCCUCGUUAUUACUUGACAGAUAUCUCAGACAAAUAAAUGAGGGGUUUUCUAUAGGUUUCACAUCAGUCUUGAUUAUUGUGGGCUCAAUCAUUGAACUUAGAAGGUCCUAUCAAGCAUAUAAUGUGAUGCCAGCACUAAGCAAAGUUUUGAAGAGAUAUGGUGCUUAAGGUUAUGCAAGCACAUAUGGUGGUGAUGACGGUUCCAUUCCUGCAGCUUGAAGUACCUCACAAGCUGCUGUUGGUUUGGAUUGGAAUGAUAGAGAAUUGGUUCUGGAUCGGUCUUCUUUGUCUUCAAGGCCAUACUUGGACUAAAGAACCAAUUAGGAUACCCAACUGUUUUUUACUGAAGGAUAUCCAGUUGUUCUGGUUUUAGUACAGGGAGGAUGAAGGAGCUGCGCCGUCGUGCCUUUGGGUGCACUGCAAUGGUUGACGAAUUGUCUCAUUGCGGACCAACGAAAAAGGUUGGGUACCCCGUACCCGGUUCAUCCUGUUCCUGUUGUACGUAUAUAUUUCUAGCGUUUCAUAUCGCUGAACAGCUAAUAUGAAGGUAGGUUGUAGUCGCCUCUGAAAGGCCGGACACAGAUUGGUUGGGUAGUAACUGCUUCCAACAUAGUAUGAAGAUAUCGAAUGUGACCUGCACUUCGGUGCGAAACAGUGUACUAACAAGAUUUUGCUGUGUUUAUGUAUGACUGGAAUCUCUUUGUAGGCGUAGUAGGGCAAGUUCGGUUGAUGUAAUAAUUUGCUAAUACCUGGCAAUCCGGAUUAUGUUUUAUAUGACAUUAA